AUGGCAUGGACCAUUGAUUUCGAAGACUUGGAGAUUGGAAGAGAGAUUGGAAGCGGUGGUUUUGGAAAGGUGUACAAGGGAGAGUACCUCCAGACACCGGUGGCCAUCAAAAAGAUUCACAUCGCACCGGAUGACCCCAACAGGAAGGAUUUGGAGAAGUUCUUGAUACGAGAGAUCGAGACUAUCAAGUUGUUCAGACAUCCCAACGUCAUACAGUUUGUCGGCGUCGCCGAGAACGAUGGCAUCCUCUACAUUGUCACUGAGCUGGUGCCAGGCGGUGACCUACAGUGGUAUCUCAAGAACAGACAGGUCGACCUACCCUGGCUACUCCGCAUCAACAUCGCCUACGAUGUCACCCUUGCCAUGUCCUACCUGCACAGCAAGAACAUCGUUCAUCGUGAUCUAAAGUCAUCCAAUCUACUUAUCGAUACUCAAUGGAAGGUCAAGGUGUGCGACUUUGGAUUCGCAAGAAUAGUCGAUGAUGAGAAUAACAAGUCAAUGACCAUCUGUGGAACUGACAACUGGAUGGCACCAGAGAUGAUCACAGGACAAGACUAUGAUGAGAGAUGUGAUGUAUUCUCAUUUGGAAUGCUGCUGUUUGAGCUGAUCACAAGGACAAAGCCAACGCCAAACAUGAGGAACCAAGACUUUGGUGUCAACAGUGAUAUAAUGAUGGCGCAGGUCGUAGCUGACUGCCCCAUACCAUUCGUUGAGUUGAUGCAAGAGUGCUGCAAGUUCAAUCCAAACGAUCGUCCAUCGUUCAAGCUGAUCACACAAUCCCUAAAGACGAUGCGCAACAGCCUCUACGGCCCCAACCCCGUGUUGGAGUACCCCGCACUGCGCCAGUUUGUCAACCAGCCCGCCCCCACACUGGCGAGCCCCGUGCCCGGCUCGCCAGGUGGUGGCCUCAUCGCCGACGCCAAGAAGAUCAUGUCCACAGGCUCGUUCGACACGCGCGACCAGCAGCAGUUCGAGGAGGAGUCUGACUACGCAUCGGCCAACGACACCUUUGGCAAGGGUGGCGCCAGUAACGGCACCGACAAUCAAGCCAAGAAGGUGACCAUCGCCGAUCACCAGCCAGAGGAGGGUGACGACCAAGACGACGAAGACUAUGACGAGGACGAGGAUAUGGAGGAGCGCGAUGGCGAGCAGCCACCUCACAACGAUGAGGACGACUAUGACGAGGACGUCGAUCACUCUGAUGACGACGAGGAGGAGGAUGAGGACGAGGACGACCUGAUCGUCUCGCACCAGACACUGUCCCCAUCUAGCCUGCCGUCCAGCAGCGUCUCUGGCAAGAAGAACGUAUCGUUCAACAUUAGCAAGAUAUCGUACCACACUUACGAGAAGGAGAGCGACGACGAGGACGAGGAAUACGACUAUGGCUACGACGAUGAGGACGAAGACGACUAUGACGACUAUGACGAAGACGAUGAAGAGAUCGACUAUGGCGACGACUACGACCCCGAGCAGUACGGCGAGGGCGACCUCGAGGUGGACUAUGAUGGCGAGGAGGAUGAUGUCAUUAUCCAUCCAACACCAGAGGAGCAAUUGAUCAGCGAAGAGGAUGAGGAUGAGGAUGAAGAAGAGGACGACGAGGAUAGUGAUGAGGAGCAGACUGUACCAGCAGUUGUUACUGUUGUGCAAGAGCAACCACCAGUCGAGGAGGUCAAGGUUGAGGAGCCAGCACAGCAGACCGAUGCUCAGGAGGAGCAAAGUGUGCCAAUUGCUGUUGCUGAGCCUGUCCAACCAGCUGUUGCUGUUGUUGAGGAGACUCCAAAGGAGGAACCAGCCGUCGUCGUUGUCGCCACACCAGAUGUCGAGCAACUUGUACAUUCCACAACUACCGAAGAAGCAGCUCAGAUCGUUCCAGAGACACCCGCCACCACUGCUGUUGAUGAGCCAGUCAAGGUUGAGGAAGUCGCCGUCAUCGAGGAGCCAUCAACAUCAACACCAACUCCAACUCCAACUCCAGUCGAGGUCAUUGCCGUGGCCGAGGAGCCAGUCAAGGUUGAGGCUGCUGUGGCCGUGACCGAGCCAACACCAAUCGCGAUCGUUGCUGAGGAGCCUGUUAAGUUUGAGGCUGUCUUCCAGCCAGCCGCAGACACCAAGCUGGAGGAGUUACCAGUCAUCAUUGAGCAGCAACCAGGCAAGGUUGAUGCUCCCACCACCACCAUCGUUGUCGAGCAGCGCGAGUCAGUCUCUGUCCACGUUGAUGUCCAAUCCCCAGAGCCCGCUGCACCAGCAGCAGUCAUCGCCAGUGAGGAUGUUCACACAGAGUCAAUCAAACCAACUACCACUGUUUCACCUGUUGUUGAACAAUCAACAACAUCAUCAACAACAACAAUAUCUACAACAUCACCAGCAACACCAGCUACAACUCCAUCAAUCAAACAACAAGAACAGCCUCAAACUCAGGCCAGCUUGCCAUCUACUCAAACCAAAACGACACCCAAGAAGGAGCAGCCAGCAACGACCAAACAGAGCGAGAACUCGCCAUUGAUAUCAACGAAUGUCCAACGUCAAUGCUGUUCAUGUUGGGUGAUGUAA